UCCGCGCCAGGGAAGAGUUCCGCAGCGCGGCGGCGCCGGGACCGCGGCGCAGCCCCGGGGACAGGGCUCGGCCCGGCCGCGCCGCCGCCCCCGGGACGGCCGCGCCGGCGGCAAGAUGGGCGGCCUGGGCCUGGCCCUGGGGCUUUUCCACUACCUGGGGCUCUACCUGCAGCUCGGCGCCGCCUCCCGGCACCCCCCGUGGGACGCCCCGGCGGCGGGCAGCGCCCUCUUCACCGAGGCCCCCCACGACAUGACAGCGCAGGCGGGCGAGGACGUGGAGAUGGCCUGCUCCUUCCGCGGCACCGGCUCCCCCUCCUACUCCCUUGAGAUCCAGUGGUGGUACGUCCGCAACCACAGGGACUGGACGGACAAACAGACCUGGGCUUCCAACCAGCAUCUGAAAGCGUCGGCGCAGGAGGAGCCUGGCAAGGACGCCACCAAAAUCAGCGUGGUGAAGGUGGUCGGCAGCAACAUCUCGCACAAGCUGCGGCUGUCGCGGGUGAAGCCGGAGGACGAGGGGACCUACGAGUGCCGGGUGAUCGACUCCAGCGACGGCAAGGCGAGGCACCACAAGGUCAAAGCCUACCUGCGGGUGGAGGCGGCGGGGGGCGCGGGGCACCCCCAGGACACCCAGCUGCGGGGAGCUCCGCCGCCGGACCCCGCCGCGCCGGGCUCGGCCCACGCUCACCACCAUCACCACCACCACAAAGCCGGGAAGGAGCUGAAGAAGCGCUCGGCGGACGUCUCCUGCGUGCUGUAGGCAGGCGGUGCCGCGGCGGGGGGAUGCCGGAGCGC